AUGAACUUACCGCAACCAUCACCGCCAUCUCCACAAUUUCCUCUACCGGCGACAACAACUCAUCUCAGAAAUCAGUCGAGCCACAGGAGGAAUGACAGUUCUGGGAAGACGAUUCAUGAAGAUAAGUUCGUGACUUCACAUGGUUGUCUCCUUGAUGAAAGUGAUGACCAUAAACGUAUUACAUUAGAUGAUGAUAUUACAUGUUUGGAUGACAUUGAUCCCUCCCAUAGCUCACGUGUUGGAAGCAAUGAGGUAAAGUUAAGCCUGAUGGAAUUGGAUUCCAUUCAAGCAGAUGAUAAUGAAGGUGAUGAUACACAAGAGCUAAAGUCAUUUGAAGAAGACGACAGUGAUUUGCGGGAUUUGGACCCACCUGAGAAUGCUAAUGUUGUUGGUGUUUUCCUUCUCUUGGUCGUUUGCUCUUUAUUCACAUCGUCGUCACCUCCAUUUUCACUCUCAAAAUCAGCUAGUUUCAAGAAUUCCUCCCUCUAUCUUGGGUAUCGAAGAGGUCCAGAAUCACAAGGUUGGUUGAAUCAUAUGCAAACUCCGAGUUCAUCAUCAUCUUCAUCACCUUCAUUUCCACCCUCAAAAUCGACUAGUAUCAAGAACUCCUCCCAGUAUCUUGGGUACGGAGGAGAAUCACAAGUUCUUUUCAAUCAUGUCAUCUUAAGACAAAUUCCCAGUUCGACAAUCGAGAUUUUAUCAACAAAUUCCAGCCAAGUUUCCAUUUCAUCAACAAAUGCGACCAGCCAUCGUUCUCACCAAGUCAUGGCUAUGAUUUUUCUUGGCUCUUUAGGGGAGAUAACUUUAACUGGUUUGGCCGUUGCUUUCUUUAUGUUUUCAAUACAGAGAAGAGGGAAGAACAAAGUUUCUUGGAUUCCUAUUAACAACUUGCGAUUAUCAAGCAUCAAAUCAGCCAUAAGAGUGGCUGAUCAAAGCCUCAUCAUGGAUGGAAAUUUCAACUCCAGAAUUUACCAUGCAAAUCUUAAAGGUUACGGGGAUGUUGGCAUAACCAGGUUUAGAAAACCGAAUCAAUCGAUUAUCCUGAACAAUCUCUCAGUUGGGUGUGUAACCCAGAACAUGGUUCAGUUUCAUGGCUAUUAUUGUGACAAAGAUUUAUAUCUGGUACAUGAAUGGAUGCCACUGGGAUCACUUGACAGGCUUUUGCUCCGGCAAACCGGCGGCCUUACAUUUGACCGGCGACUGAGAAUACUCUUACAGAUCUCUGCAUGUAUUGAGUACUUGCAUGAAGAUUGCGGAACCCCAAUAAGUCAUAAAGAUAUUGCAACUUCUAACAUAAUGGUUGAUGCAGAUUUCAACGCAAAGCUAUGUGAUCUUGGUUUGACGGAAAUUUUUAAUAAGAUCGACAUAAAGUUUCCUACUUGUAGGGUAGGUUACUACUCACCGGAGUAUCUAUUUUCCGGUGUUUCAUCGCCUAAAACUGAUGUGUAUAGUUUUGGUGUGGUGGUUUUAGAGGUGGCGACCGGGAGGUUGGUGGUGAAUGAGCCGGUUAAAGAAUGGGUCUGGAAGUUUUGGGAGAAAAACAACCUAGUUGCUACAGCAGACCCAAAAAUGAUGGGUAUGUUCGUGAAGAAUGAUUUUGAGAGGAUUGUUAUGACAGGCUUAAUCUGUAUGCACUCAAAUUGGCGUAAAAGACCCACCAUAAAAGAUGCAGGAAGGAUGAGGUGUUGCCCGAUUUGCCAGACAAAAUGCCUAUACUGA